UCGAGACGGAAAUUUUCACGUGAGCAACAGCGGCCUGGCACUGUGGGCCGCCCAGCUGGCGCUGCAGACUUGGGCAUUCGUCCGGAUGUGCUUCUACCUGGGCCACACGCUCAUGCAACGGAAGUCGCUCAACUGCUCCCGGGACAACUACUGCAGCGUGUUCGGAAUGUUGCUGUCUCACACGGUCAUCAGCCCGAUCGUCGUGUCUCUGGUGCUGGUCCGGUUGCCCCGGUCCGUCGAUGUGCUGAACAUGACCGCCCGGCUGCUGCUCCGGUCCAGGUACCCACAUCGCCGGCUGUCGCCCAACGCGUACGUGGUCGUCCUGUUCUCUGCCGUCAUCGUCUUCAAGCUGGUCACUACCGUCAUGAGCAUACCGCUACAGUACCCCGACCUCUAUUACCCGUACUUCACCGCUUACAUGGUGCCAAUCGUGUUCAUUAACCUGGUCAGCAUCCUGUGCGUGGUCGCCCAACAGUCGUACGAGGACAUCAACAGGGAGUUAGAAGAACUGUGUGAAGUAAGUUCAAAAACCGAACGAGCGGUGAGGUUAAACGCGCUAAUGAACGACCACUGGUUUGUGGAGGACUACAUGGAGACCAUGUCAGACACAUUUGGACCCGAAUUGAUAUUCACAAUAAUGGACAUUUACGUGCAGUUGUUGCUGUUCAUGUACGUAAUGAUAUGGGAUACGGUUGUCCGUCGCGUGUUCAAGGACAGCGCGUAUCCGUAUAUCAGUGGCAUCAUCGAGUCGAGCAUUAUCAUUGGAAAAUUUGUUUACCUGUGCUAUAGGUGUGACUCUUCCGUCAAAGAGGGCAAAAAGAUAAUUUUUCACCUGAAACACUUGUCCUCGAACGUGUCGAAUGAUUUGAAUUCACAAACCAUUUUAAGGUUAUUUACGCUUCGCGUUAACAGUCGUGCAGUACAAGUUACGGCUUCCGGAUUUUUCGACAUAAAUCUAUCACUUUUGUUUGCGACUGCUGGCGUUGUGUUGAUAUACUUUUUGGUGUUGGUACAAUUUCAAAUGGAGGGCUACAAACAGAUUUUAGGAUCAAAUUCUAGUGAUGCGGUUGUAGCAGUGGUGUGUCAUUCAUGGCCUUGUCUUGAGAGGGAUGACUGAGAUGAAUAAUUGUUGUAUUAAUUUAAAAUCACAACCAUAUCCAUAUCAUACUAAUUAACAUCUUAGAAAUAUUGUUAGUUCGUUUUCAGUUUAAAUUAAAGAUAUUUACAGCGCUUGCAUUGGAAAAAAUUAGAAUGAGUUGCAAAAGUGUAAAAAAAAAAUGUGUUUAUCUGAAUAUUUUAAUGUCUUAUUGAUUGAGAUAAAAUGUAUUAAAAGGGGUAUGUAAAAAUAAAAUUUAAAAAAGUAGGUUGACUCCGUCCUGGCAUCCCUCUACUUAUCCCCACAUUCAAGCACUAGGUAUAUACUUAGUAUAUUGUAUAAUAUUUACAUAUGUAACGUAUGAAAAAAUUAGGUACUAUCUAAAAUUGCUUUUUAU